CAUCACCUUGGUGUCUCCCUAAAUAAAACCAGCCCUCUUUAUCGCACCGAGGAAAUCAAGAACGAGAGUUUGAAUGGAUUUUAUAUAAAUAUUUACCCCGACGAAGCUACUGCUGAGCUCGUGGGACAAACUCGCAGCAGCUGGUCUCACUCUGCUUCCCUUGCCCGCCCCUAAAAGGGCUUAAUUACUUUGGGGAGGAGAGGGGAGAGAUCUGGAUCCCAGUUCUGGCUUCAGAUUGACCCAAAAAGCAGGACCAGGAUUUAAAUGAACUAUGGAUCUGAAGGACAGCACCAGCGAAGGCAGCAUGGGCAGCCUGCAGCCUUCCAGCAUCCAGAUUUUUGCCAACACCACCACGCUCCAUGGGAUCCGUCAUGUCUUUGUCUACGGGCCGGUGACCAUCCGGCGCCUGCUCUGGACUUUGGCCUUUGUGGGCUCGCUGGGUCUCCUCCUGGUGGAGAGCUCAGAUAGGGUGGCUUUUUACUUCUCCUAUCAGCAUGUGACCAAAGUGGAUGAGGUGGUGGCGAACAGCCUGGUGUUUCCUGCCGUCACCAUCUGUAACCUCAAUGAGUUCCGCUUCUCCCAGCUCACCACCAAUGACCUAUACCAUGCUGGAGAGCUCCUGGCUCUGCUGGACGUCAACCUGCAGAUCCCCAACCCUCACUUGGCUGACCCCGCUGUCUUAGCCAUCCUCCAAGAAAAGGCAAACUUUAAGCAGUAUAAACCCAAAGUUUUCAGCAUGCAGGAGUUCCUGGCACGGGUUGGCCAUGACCUAAAGGAUAUGAUGCUGUACUGCAAGUUCAGAGGCCAAGAGUGCAACCACAAGGACUUCAAAACUGUGUUUACAAAAUAUGGGAAAUGCUACAUGUUUAACUCAGGAGAGGAGGGGCGGCCUCUCCUCACCACGGUGAAGGGGGGGACAGGGAAUGGCCUGGAAAUCAUGCUGGACAUUCAGCAGGACGAGUAUCUGCCUAUCUGGGGAGAAACAGAGGAGACGACGUUCGAGGCUGGAGUCAAAGUGCAGAUCCACAGCCAGUCCGAGCCUCCCUUCGUCCAGGAACUGGGAUUUGGGGUGGCCCCCGGAUUCCAGACCUUUGUGGCCACCCAGGAGCAAAGGCUGAUGUCCCUGUCCUGUCCCCAGCUGACGUACCUGCCCCCACCGUGGGGCGAGUGCCGCUCCCCGGAGCUGGGCCUGGCGUUUUUCCCGGUGUACAGCGUCACAGCCUGCAGGAUCGACUGCGAGACUCGCUACAUCGUGGAGAACUGCAACUGCAGGAUGGUGCACAUGCCAGGAGAUGCUCCCUUCUGCACCCCGGAGCAGUACAAGGAAUGCGCAGAGCCCGCGCUCAGUCUCCUGGCAGAGAAGGACAGCAAUUACUGCAUCUGCAGGACCCCCUGUAACCUUACCAGGUACAACAAGGAGCUCUCCAUGGUCAAGAUCCCCAGCAAGACCUCAGCCAAGUACCUGGAGAAGAAGUUCAACAAGUCAGAAAAAUACAUCUCAGAGAAUAUUCUCGUGCUGGACAUUUUUUUUGAAGCACUCAACUACGAGACCAUUGAGCAGAAGAAAGCCUAUGAAGUUGCAGCCUUACUUGGUGACAUUGGUGGCCAGAUGGGGCUGUUCAUCGGGGCCAGCAUCCUCACCAUCCUCGAGCUCUUCGAUUACCUGUACGAGCUGAUCAAGGAAAAAUUAUUGGACCUUCUUGGAAAAGAGGAAGAGGACGGGAGCCAUGACGAGAACGUGAGCACCUGUGAUCCAGUGCCAAACCACUCGGAGAGCCUGAGCCACACUGUGACCGUGCCCCUGCAGGCCCCGCUGGGGACGCUGGAGGAAAUCGCCUGCUGACCCCUCCCACCACAGUGCCCAUCCCGAGAAGGAAAACUGCACAGGGAAAACAGGGACCCAGCUCAGUCCCUGGGUUUCAGUGCCAGAAGGAGCAUCCCAGAAUUCUCCAUUCCCAGCGCCGUAGGCUGAGAGUUUUAGAAUAAAAGAGAUGCAAAAGUCGCCGCUCUCGGAUUCUUCUCCCGGUCGCGUCCUCCGGGUGAGGCUGGGCUGAAUCCCGAGCUCAGCCCAAGGUGAGCAUCCCUGGAGAGGAGCCACAGGGGCUCCCUAUGGAUCAUCCCAGUCCUGCUCCUCCACCUGCAGAGCCUGCAGAGUCCAGGAGCACUGGGUGGGGCUGGCUUCAUUCAUUUCUUUUUUAAUUUCUGGGGGGAAUUUUUGGAAUUUCUUUCUUCUCCCAUUCAUGGAUUCUGUGCUUUCUCCUCGUUCUCCUGACUGAUAUUAAAGCUGGUCUUGUGGAAAUGGC